AUGUCAUCUGGUAUCGACAGGAUACUCAGCCGCCUGAAAAGUGCUGCUGCUGACGAGUCUAAUAAGUGUUCGGAUGUUAAGUGCUGGAAAGAAACAGGAAUACGAUUGUUAAGUACCAGUGAGUGCCGUAUCUAUGAUGGUGAAAAUACGAAAAUGGAAGAAGGCCCUCCGAAAAAACGGAAAAAGAAAAAUAUUGAUAAAAGUUGUUCCGAUUCAAUGGACGAGCGUGCGAAGAUACGGGCGGCUGUUGUCGAUGUUGAUUUUAUCAAGCAGUUUCAAUCCAGUAAAUAG